UCACUUUCCCAAAGCGUGACCUCCAGCCCUCGUGCUGCCGAGCUUCAGUUCCUGUUGCAGUUUAGAAAGCAGAUCUGUAUAGAUAUGUGGAAAAAUCUACCGAUGUCCAGAGUUAGAUCAGUUCUGAGAGAUAACUAAAGACUUUACCAUCACUGCAUCCACACUGCUACAGUCUACAUCAUUUUAUUUAAUCGAUAAUCCAGGUUGGACUGGACAUGCUGGGAGAAAGCUUUAUACAUGUUUUAAAAUACAGACAAGAUGGAAGUUUCGCACCAGAUACUGCCAGAGCAUCACUCACUUCCUCUACUGACAGUGGUUAUUAUUCCUCUCCUCACUCCCAGGUGAAAGACUCACCAGCAUCCCAGAAGCCUCCAGUCUCAGACGUGAUGCCAGUAGAGAAACAGUCAGGAUCUCAGGGUCCGCACCCCAGCUCUGACCCGUACUUCUGCAAUACCUACGCAAAUCUGAGUCAGAGCCUGCCAACCAGCAAUGCCUUCAACGACACCUACCAGACCUUCCCCGACCUGCCUCUGCUCAGCAUCUCCCACAGCCAGAAGGACCUUCACUCCAUCAGUCCACAGCAGGGAUGGCUCACGACAGACGUGGAUGAAUCCGCACCCCAGCAGCUGCGCUUCAUACCUGAGCAGACCCACCUGCCUGACAACGGCUACCUGGUGAUGGACAGCAGCAUCAUGCUGAACGGGGAGCCUCCCACCAACUCCAUGAUCAACGGUUACCUGGACAGGAAGCUGCAGGAGGUGUACAGCCAGUACCUGCAGGAGAGGCUCACCUGCCCUGGAUCUUCUCCAGGCUACAGCCUGCUCCCUCUCCUCCCCCAGCCCAGCCUGCCUCCCCUCAGUCAGCAGAACUACCCGGACUCAAGCCUGGACCCUGAGACCAGACCGAGCCAGGUACCCCCCCUCACCACCAGCCAGGGGAACCUCAGCCAGAGGGCCAGCUCCAACUUCAGCUCUCCAGUACUGAGAAUUUCCAACGCAGAGCAGCCCAGAAGACCCGGACACUCUGACUGUCUGCAAGAAGGGCUGUAGUAAAGUUUGUAGUAAAGUUUUUUUCAGUGACUUUUAAUGAGAAUAAACUUAAUUACAACCAUUUAUUUUUAAAACUAUAUAUUCAAUGAAAUUGUUUUAAUAAUAAUGUCAAUUUCAGACCUUUUCCUCUAUAUCCACACUGUACUUUUUAAAAGUAAAUUAUGUUAGUAGUAUUCUAUUGUUGUAUAAACCUAAAAAAUCUUAUUUUUACCACUUAAAAAUGAUUAAUUUAAAGAGUAAUACAAUCAACGGGAAGAUGGUUGAUCACAAGCCAUUAAACCAAGCUGAACUGAAUAUUUGAAAUUUUGAAAAAAAAAAAAAAAAGUUAUCCAAAAGCAGUGUGUAAGACUGGUGGAGGAGAACAUGUGUGAAAAUAUAUAAAUAUAUAUAUAUAUAUAUAUUUUUUUGCAUUAUUUGAGUUCUUAAAGCUUUGCAUCAUUUUUCUUAUUUCAUCUGUUUUUUUAUUUAAUUUCUCAUUUUCUGCAAAUAAAUUCUCCAAAUUUCAAUAUUUUAA